UUUUCCGCACAUCCUCGUUGUAUGUUAUAUAAUUGUAAUUGAUUACGAAUGUGUACUUAGUAAAGCAGCUUAGUCGGUAGCUUUUGGAAUUUGUCAUUAACAUCUGAGUUGUUGACGUGAUAGGACGUUUUACGGAGUGAGGGUGUAUGAAAAUUACGAGUGACAAGAUGUCGUGUGAUUACAGCCGGGAUGUAACAUACAUUAGAGAGUGGAUGUCUAAGGAACCUUAUUUACCCCAAGAUUUUGAUGAUUAUGUUCUGACGAAAUUCAUACACAGCUGUAGCGGAAGCUUGGAAAGUACUAAGAAAUGUUUGGAUCGAUUCUGCUCAACGAGGAGACAAAUGUCAGAAAUUUACACGUUCAGGGAUCCUUUGGCGGCAAAUUUGCAAGAUUCAUUUUCUGCAACGGUUGUCGCGUAUUACAAGUUUGAAAAUUCAGAGUUUUUUAUACAUAAAUACGAUGAUCCGACAUAUGAAAAACUUAUAUUCUACGAUAUUUUAAAAGCCUUGAUGAUACAAGCGGACCAUUGGAUUAAAUAUCGUCAGUUCAUUGCAGACGGUCACUAUGUUAUCAUCGACAUGGAGCACUAUUCCUUGAAGAUGGUUCCCAAAGUAAACAUUAUGUAUUUUCGGGACUUCCUGAUAUAUUUAUUGGAGGGCAUGCCAGUUAUACUAAAAAAGGUAAUAGCUGUUAAUGCUCCGUCUUAUUACGAUAAAUUGUACGCCCUUAUAAAGCCUGCUUUACCGUCCGAGAUUUGUGAUCUGGUACAUUUCUAUCCCAACUAUGAAGGUCUAUAUAAACACAUUGAUAAAAAAUACUUACCUUCUGAAUACGGAGGUGAAGCAGAAAGUAUGUACGAAAAAAGUAGAAAUUUGAUAAAAGAGAUAAAUGAAGAAAGAAAGUUCUUUCUAAACGAAGAGCUGUGGAAAGCGGAUUUGAAGAAGAAACCAAAACAUAGCACCAACGGAGCAAUGAACGGCUCCUUCAAAGCCUUAGCUAUAGAUUAGUUAGCAUCAUUCAAGCCGCUACCAGUAGCUAAUUGAAGGAGAUAAAAUCAUGUUAUGUUCUUGAGGAUGUAUACCUAUAUCACAUACUUUUAUAGGUUUGGAAAUCUUUAAUAUGUGUAUGUCUUUUUUUCUUAUGUUGCAUUA